AUGUCAGAGGCGGCUGCAUGUUGCAGACUUUCGGGGUACCAGCAGGAGCGCUGCACGGGGGCGAGGCGUGCCGAAUACAUUACUAGGGGAAGCGUCUACAACAACCUCAGCAGUUCUUUGCACAAGGACACGUUUCGAAACUACACGUUAGUCGGCCAAAUAACUAUGCAACAUGCACAGCUUACCGCCAUCCCGGCUGGGCUCUUUGAUAGCCAGAUUGGAUUGACAACGCUGGAUUUGAAUGACAAUCUCCUGACAUCGCUACCUGCUGGCUUGCUAAGCAAUAAUCAUCAAAUUCUAUAUUUGAGGUUGCGCAAUAACCGCAUCGGAUCACUACCUGCCGGCUUGUUGCGCAACAAUUCUAAACUCAUGUCUGUACAACUGGGAAAAAACAAUCUUGUAACUUUACCUGCAGACUUUUUUUCCCCGUCUCAAAACGGGAUGUUCUUUCACUUAGGCACCACGGGACAGAAUAAAAUUGCCUACCUUCCUGUUGAUAAAUGGCCUACCACUGUCAAUAUCCUAAUGGCGUUUGAUCAUGUUGUCCGAAUGCCAAUUGUGUAUCCUGCUCACCGUAUAAGUCGCGGAGAUGGACGAGCUCAGUGGGAUGUAGCUGGUGCAUUUGGCCUUUGUGUCAAUAUGUCCAAGACCAAACUGUGCGACUUGAUGGCUGUUGGCGUUCCUCCGGCGCAGCUUGAGACUGAAUGCCCUUCAUGUGACUUUGGUGCAAACACAGUACCGUCCUUUGGUGGUAUUGUAGUGCAUAGCAAGACAAACGUAUCGUCCUACUGCAACGACGGGUAUCGGCUGCAGGGAGCCAGCAACGGAGUACCUUGCAGCGGAGGUUAUACAUUUCCCGGAUGUGAAGCUAUAACAUGUCCAGCUCUAUCCACCCCUGCCAAUGGCAACGCAUCACCAGCGACGCCCGUCUUGGUAAAAUACGGUGAACAACAGUCAUUUUCGUGCAACUCUGGUUAUGUUUUGGAGGGUAAUUCUAGUUUGCUCUGCUCACAAUCUGGUGUCUUAGCUGCUCAACACCCAAAAUGUACAGAGGACAUUGUUUGCUCCAGAAACCCUACUGGCUGUCCCGCAUCAAGUGUCGGCUGUGUUGAGAUUCUGGGCAGCGCUUUCGGCACAUGCGCUUGUCAAUUUCCCGCCGUGUACUUGAACAGUUCUUGCCAAGUACCGCAAUGCACACCUCUGCCUGCACCGCAGGACGGCAGCACCUCCACGGCAACAAGCAUUAACCAUGGCGACAGUCAAACAUUCCAGUGCAACCGCGGCUAUCAGCUGAUUGGCAACAGCACGUUGCCAUGCAACAUGUCGGGAUACAUCGCCGGUGCACCACCAACAUGUACAGAUAUUGACGAAUGCAGUGAUGGGACUCACAGCUGUAAUACCAAUGCACUCUGCCAAGACACUGAUGGUUCAUAUACAUGUAUAUGUAAUAGUGGAUACACUGGAAAUGGCCGUGAUUGUCAGGAUAUUGACGAAUGCAGUGGU